CCUGUGCUCCAGCUGGUCCUCUUCUUCCUGUACCAGUGUGAUGUGCCUGCUCGGGCUGGACCCAGGAUCAUGGGCUUCUCUCUGGGUAGCGGGGGGGGGGGGGGCGUUGAAGGUUAUCCUUGUUACUCAGUGGUAAACAAUGCAGAGUCAGUGAGGCACAGUGGCCAAGUUGAACCAAAUAGAUUAUGCUAGCAGAAUUGUGAAGCUUUGCAUUGGGCUGUGAAUUGGAGCCAGCAGCUGGAGUCUGUCCAGGAAUAAAGUGUUUUUGGGUUUUGUGGGUGGAGGGAGGCGGGGACAGGAGAGCUGGGUAGCACUAAAACUAACUGCUCUGUCGCUGCUGCUGCUGUCGUCGUUGCUGGGGGGAUUGCUGCCUCGAGCCUCUCGUCUGCUGUGCCGUAUUGUGGAGCCCUGCUUUUGUGCUGCCUGCCUCCCUUGAUUUACUGGAGCUGCACCUCUCUCCUCCUGCCUGCCGUCUUGUCUUUCCGGGGAAAUCUUAUCCUUUCUUCUUACCUUUAUUUUGUAAGAGCUGAUGCAGUUCUCUUGCAUGGCUGAGUGACGUCACUGUCAGCACAACUUCCAGGACUCUGAAGAAGCAGUGGCAAGCAGGAUGCUUUUCCCCACAUCCACGCAAGAGUCUUCCCGUGGCCUCCCAGACACCAACGAUCUGUGCCUUGGCCUGCAGUCCCUCAACCUGACAGGGUGGGACAGACCCUGGAGCACCCAGGACUCUGAUGCUGCAGCACAAACCAGCACACAGUCCGUUCUCAGCAUGCUGAGUAACCCUCUCGGGAACGUCCUGGGGAAGCCCCCGCUGGGUUUCCUGCCUCUAGACCCCAUUGGUUCAGACCUGCCAGAAAAGUUUUCCACGCCAACACUGAGGAGCUCCCGCCUGGACUCCCGCUCCAUCCUGGACUCCCGCUCCAGCAGCCCCUCAGACUCAGACACCAGUGGGUUCAGCUCUGGCUCUGACCACCUCUCAGACUUGAUCUCAAGCCUUCGCAUCUCCCCUCCUCUGCCCUUCCUGCCCCUCAGUGGGGUGUCAAGAGACCCCCUAAAGAUGGGAGUGGGGUCCCGGCUGGAUCAAGAUCAAGCUGCCCUGGCUACAGUAACUUCCUCCCCAGCCAGUGCAUCAAAAAGAUGGCCUGGAGCAUCUGCGUGGCCUUCCUGGGAUCUCCUGGACUCUCCAGAAGACCCCUUCAGUAUUGAAAGAGAAGCCAGGCUUCAUAGGCAAGCAGCAGCUGUGAAUGAAGCAACCUGCACUUGGAGUGGGCAGCUGCCUCCCCGAAACUACAAGAACCCCGUCUACUCCUGCAAAGUGUUCUUGGGAGGAGUCCCAUGGGACAUUACAGAAGCUGGACUGAUCAACACCUUCCGUGUGUUUGGCUCACUGAGUGUGGAGUGGCCUGGUAAGGAUGGCAAACACCCACGCUGCCCUCCCAAAGGUAAUAUGCCUAAAGGAUAUGUCUACCUGGUGUUUGAGUCGGAGAAAUCUGUGCGUGCUCUGCUCCAGGCAUGCUCCCAGGACCUGCUGAGCCCUGAUGGGCUCAGUGAAUACUACUUCAAGAUGUCCAGCCGCAGGAUGCGCUGCAAAGAGGUGCAGGUGAUCCCAUGGGUGCUGGCAGACAGCAACUUUGUGCGCAGUCCAUCACAGCGGCUUGAUCCCAGCAAGACGGUGUUUGUGGGGGCUCUGCAUGGGAUGCUGAACGCGGAGGCCCUGGCAGCUGUCAUGUGUGACCUGUUCGGAGGGGUGGUCUACGCUGGCAUCGACACAGACAAGCACAAGUAUCCCAUCGGGUCUGGCCGUGUCACCUUUAACAACCAGCGCAGCUAUCUGAAGGCAGUGACCGCUGCGUUUGUGGAAAUCAAAACUACCAAGUUUACUAAAAAGGUUCAGAUCGACCCGUACCUGGAGGACUCCAUGUGCCAAGUCUGCAGCGCCCAGCCCGGCCCAUUCUUCUGCAGAGACCAGAUCUGCUUCAAGUACUUCUGUCGCUCCUGCUGGCACUGGCAACACUCCAUGGAGGUCCUGCGUCACCACCGCCCGCUGAUGCGCAACCAGAAGAACAGAGACUCCAGCUAAAGAGGCCGCCGAGGCUCGGGGGCCGCCGCAGGCGCAGGAGAAAGUCCUUUUGUUAACCUGCCAAGUGGAGAGCGCACGAGCGUGCCUGCUGGUGCCAGACCCAGGCUGGGAACGUGCUUCCUGAGGACUAAUGGGGAAAAAAAAAAAAAUCUUACAUUCACGUUUGCACUUGCUGGUCUUUUUGUUUCUGCACUAAUGCACAGUGAAUUUUGUCGGGUUUUGUUUGGGGGUUUUUUGAGGGGGGGGGAGCGCCCCUCAAGCGAUUCUGCAGUUCCCAGACUUUGGUUCCUAGUUUGCUGACGAGAAGCAAAAAAAAAAAAGGGCCACGUGUUGAGAAGGUGUUUAUGCAGAUGCCUUCACCUAGGUUUUUUAUUUAUUAAAGGCGCUUUUUUACAUUCCUUGCAAUACUGAUGGUAAUAAUGCAGGUCUCAUUGGCUCCAUUUUUUUGCAGUUGCCAUACAGUGCCUUUCCAUUCAUUUAACCCCCAUCUGAACGGCAUAAAAAACUGAAUGUUCAGCUGGCGUUUUUUACUGUAACAACAAGGAGACUUUGCUCUUCAUUUAAACCAAAUCAUAUUUCAUAUUUUACGCUCGAGGGUUUUUACCAGUUCCUUUUUACACUCUUAAACAGUUUUUAAGUCGUUUGAAACGAGAGAUUUUUUUCUUUCCUGGCAGCUUUUAACAUUAUUGCAAUUUGUGUCUGGGGGCUGCUGGUGGAAAGUUGUAAAUCGAGGGGUUUGCAACAGAACAGGAUGGGCUUUUUUUGGAUUUGAAACUGGACCGGAUAAACGAUCUCUGAGCUGCUGUAUAUAGUUUUAAAUAGUUUGUUGCACUUUUUUAAGUUGCACUUAAGGGGGGUUGAUAGAGGUUUUUAAUCACACAAAGUCACAGGACUUACUUUUCUUUUGUAACUAGCUAAAAAAGGGCUGCAUUUCGGUGGACAGAUGAAGGUUCAUAGGAGCCCUUUCUCUUAGAGGGGACAAGUACUUUUCCUUUCCUUUAUGAAAUGUACGGAGUAAUGGUGCAGUCGACUGAAAUGCUGCUGCUGGGAUUUGAGAACUUUAAUUUUUUUUUUUUUACUUUCCCCUCUAUCGGAAGCUGUGUGCCAAAGAACCAGUGUCAUAAUUUCUCCCUCUUUUUUUCCUGCUGAGCUGAUGUUGCAUUGUUGCAUAUCCCAGCUGCUCUUUGUGGGGUUUCGUGAAGCUGUGUGUGAAGUCUCUACCUCAUUGUAGUAUAUGCAGGCAAGACUGCACUCUCCUACAGAUGCGUGGAGUAAGCUGUGGUGUAGUUUUUGGCACAUAAUAAACACGUUGCAGCAAAAAAAAAA